UAAGAUACUGGCGGCCUGGAGGGAUUUCCAGAUGUUUUGUUAAUAAGUGAAAAGUUUGUGGUUAAGAAAGCUGUGGUCGAACUUGUAUUAUAAGUAAUCGUUCUCUCAUUCCUGUGUUGUUUUAAGUGAAACUUGUCGGAUUGAAUGCAACAUUGCUCUUAUUGUAUUAGUUGACGCAUGGCGAGAAAACAGCACCAUGUCGGGCAUGACGGGAGCGAGCAUGCUGCGUACGCGCCGAAAGGAUGUCAACGUCAAGCCGAAUCGGAAAUUGGACCGCAAGUCGUCUCGGGGUAUGCUCUACGAGAACGAAGAGCUACGGUUACGGACAAUCAAUAUCAAUGCAGAAAUUGAAAGAGGUCAGUCAGAUAUAAAGAAGCUGAAGCGAGAGAAUGAGCAACUGAAGAGGGAGAUAUCGGCACUCCGCUACGAGUAUGACCGGCUGGACCGGAUGCUGCGCGAGCGACGUUCAUCGCCAGAACACUCGGACGACAGCGCGUCGAUGUGCGGCGCGUGCGCAGAAUGCAGCGACCCGCGUGUCGCCUUCCACGACCUCACUGUUGUACCCGAGGAAGGCGAACAGGAGAACAAGCCAAAAACAAAAUCGGUGAAACUAAAAAAGAAAAAGAGCAAGAGCGGCAGUGGGACCCCGUGCAUCUGUGAAGAAUGUCAAAAGGAAACGAAAGGAAAAUCCGAUGAGGAGAAACAAAUUGAUAAAACAGACGAGAAGAGCAACGAGUUGAAAGAGCCGAGCGAUGACGCUCCGGUCACGAAACAACCGACGCAAUCUCAGAACAAUAUUAUCGCUCAACCAAAUACAGAUGACAAUGAAAACGAGCGAACAGUCGAUGUACUAGUCCAUGACGCACCGAAUGUGCCGAGCUUCUUCCAAUCCGCGACGUCACAUCCCUGCCACAUUACCGGCCCACCGCCUCCUGGUUUCGUGACCACACCAUAUCAGGCGCCUCGAUUUCCCACUGGAGGGAACGUGGAGGACCUGUUAGGGGACGUCCAACAUUCGCAAACCACAAUACAUACUACGUACAUUCAACAAAAUUCUGUAUUCAUGUGUAACACGCAGAAGAUUCUACAGAACCACUGUUGCUGCCAGAGUCGCGACGAAGCUGCUAAACCGGAAGUGUGCCAAGAGCAACCUAAGUGCUACGUAACUGAAAAGAAUAUUGAGCUCACGUACGAUUACCCGAGAACCACGCCCAUUCCGAGCACACCCAGUCCCAAAUCUAGCGAUGAUUUACAAACGACGACCACGGAAGUGGCCAGCACUGUGGUCUUUGUGGAGAGACGGAUUCCUGUGAAGCCUAAAAAAUUUGAUUUCUUUUUCCGAUCGCGGUCAGCGCCGGUCGGCGAGAACGAGGAACCCAUUUACGCGACCGUCAACAAACUACCCAAGAGGUUACGGAGGAUGGAGCUAGCUAAUUUAGAAAAAGAAGUCGCCUACAAAACCGGAGAGGGUGAGUCCUCUUCUAGAACGGAAGUGACGCCGAAAACUGAUUCAGAAUCUCAAGCACAACCGCCGGACGACGACACGAGUCGCUCGGAACGUGAGAAGUCCACCGUACAACCGCGGCCCGAAUCUCCAAAAGCGAAAAAACGGAAGCGGUUCUCGCUAACAUUCAAAAAGAGGGAGAGAAAGAGGCGGGAGAAGAAAAAAGAAGUGAAGAACGGGACCAAGAACGGAGGACCCGUUCAGGUGGAGAGCGACAACGAGAGACUGAUAGAAGAGCAGGAGCAGAAGCACAAGCAUUGCGCGCGGCAUCGCCCGCGGAAUACCAUGUCAUCGUCGAGCUCGUGCCCGCGGUACAAGCGGGACAGCUAUCAGGAAAUGACAACCUCGCACUCGGAGCACGAGCGUACAAACAGCAUGUGUUCGUCGAUGAACUCGCUGGGCUCAGCGUGCACGCACAAGUCAAGAAAGCUGUCAGCCGUGCCUCAGACCGACUCGAUUCCUUGGUGCGGCUGUUGGGGGGCUGGUUGUGUGUGAACAGACAAACAACAGACGAUUAGUGCUAAUCUUCGAGGUCUUCCGACCUCCCUUUGGGAACCGCGUUCCCGUCUUCGGAGGUUUCUUGGAGCUGGAGAUACCAGGGUUAAUGUUCUUGCGGUGCAUUUAGUAGAUUAGUUCUAGAAUGUGGGUAGUUUUGUUUUCCUACUAUCAAAUUUCUCAUAGAAAUGUUGUAUGAAUAGUUGAAUAGUUGUAUAUAGUCUGCAAUUUGAAGAACAGAAGUGUAAAUGGAAGAUGUGUUAUAAAUUAUUUCGUUUGUA